AUGAAGCAACUAGGUCGUUAUAUAGAAAAAGCCGGCAACGGGUGAGAACCUUUUUAUCAAAUAAUUCAAAACGCAAUUACAAAUUCGACUCCUAGAAAUGUUACAUUGAUUUGUGAAGAAGCAGAAGAUAUGUGGCACGUCUACAACUUGAUCAGAGAAGGCGAUGUAGUUAAAUCUCAAACAAUUAGGAAGGUCGCUUUUUUUUGCUCGAAGAGACAAAAUUAUUUUGGAAACAAAGGUGGUUUCGGAGACAUCAACCGGGACAACUUCAAGUCAGAGAAUGCACACGACACUCACUAUUCAAGUAGAAUCGAUAGAUUUCGAUCCCGGUGCUCAAGCCCUACAUUUAAAAGUUUGAUUUUUGAGUACAGAUUCAAUAUCAAUUUUUGAAGGGUAAAAACGUUGUUGAAAAUGAGUUGGUGAAACUCGGAGCCUACCACACAUUGGAUUUGGAACCGAAUCGAAAGUUUACAAUUCAUAAAAAUGAAUGGGACAGCAUAGACUUAGGUUAGCUUUUUUUUUUGCUUCUCAAUAAUUUAAGGCGUCGACUUCAGAAAGAUUGAAUAUGGCCUUGGACCCCACUCAAAGCGCUGAUGUAGCUGCAGUAGUAUUGCAUGAAGGAUUAGCCAAUGUCUGUCUUAUAACGCCUGCCAUGACACUAACGAGAGCGAAAAUCGAUAUGCAGGUUUUGUUUUAUCGACUUUUAAAAGGUAAGAAUCACUUUUGCAGAUUCCUCGAAAGCGGAAAGGGUUCACUUCUCAACACGAAAAAGGCAUUCAAAGAUUCUUAGAUGCUGUUUGCUCAGCGUUUUUGAGACACGUGAACUUCCAAGUAAGAUCAUUUUAUGUUUUUAACGCCACUUUCAGAGUAAUUUCGCGAAAUUUAAAAUGAUUUAUAACUCUUUCAAAGUUUUUGUUAUCUUUUCAACUUUCUGGCAUCGGUUUUGAUUAAAUCACCGGGCAUAGGGAAUUUUCGUGAAAAAUAAUAAACAUUAAUAUUAUAUAAACACAAUGUUCAAGUUGAGAACGACACGCGCUCGAUAAAUUUUUUUCUGUUUUUUUGCCCUUCAAUUUUUUUGUCUAUGGUGCUUGAAAAAAACUUUAUUUGAACUUUCGCCGUUUUUUUAUUAUAUGUCCCAUCUCGAAAAAUCACUUUUUUUAUAAUUAAUUAGAAAUUAUUUUAAGACUUUUUCCAAGUUAUGAACGAUUUUUUUAUUGGGGAAAAAAAUGUGAACUGACUAGUGGGUAGAAUGAAAUAAAAUGAUGCAGAUCGUGAAGUGCGUACUUGUCGCCAGCCGUGGAUUCAUAAAGGAGCAGUUUAUGGAGCACUUGGUGCAGUACGCCGAUGCACAGGGGAGAAAGGUUGGUCAACGUUUCGCCUGUGAAAGUAUAGAUAGUUAUUGUUUUGUUGAGUAAAGAGAAACUAUUCGAGAUUUUCUCAUAUAUUUUUGAAAAUGAAAUGAAAUGGAUGUUUAUUUCGCUCACAGUCAGAUCUGUGGCGUGGAGGAAGAGAACCAUAAAAGUUAUGUUUGCCUCCACUUCGAUAAAGUCCCACUUUAAUCUUAAAAUAUUUUAGGUCAAAUUCGAAGAGAAUCAAAAAGAAAAAUAAUCUAUAAACGAGUUGAAUCAUUUUGUGAUAUUUGCAGCUUCCUUAUCAAAAACAAAUUUUUCAAACAACUUUUAAAUCUUCUUUGGUCAUCCUCAAAAACCAUGACUCAUUUUAAGCCGUUCCAGUAUUUAUACACGCGUUGCGUAAUGAAGUUAUAGUGAACAUGAUGGAUUGGUGGUGGUUCGAGUUUAAGGCCGUUGCCUCUCACUAGGGCAUGGUCUCCGCUCGACAACGAGUUGAGAAUUGAGACUUUGUGGGUGGAUAGGCCUAGGUAAGAAUACUCGGAAUCAAAAAUAAAAUUCUGCUAAACCCCAUAGGCGGCUGAGGAAAAGCUCGUCGAAAGUUUUCCAGCGCAGAUAUGGCCGCGCUCGGAGCCUUCGGCUAGCAACUGGCGGCGUGGUGUAGUGGGUUGAGGUCUUGUGCAUUAUCAAUAUUGUGACCAGGGUUCGAAUCCUUUUGGCGGAAAUCGUUUUUGCCGCCUCAUAUCUUUAACACUUUCACAUUUUUGUGAGAUUUUUUUCGAAAGUUUACAAUAAAAAAAUUCACAAAAAAAUCCCAAUAAAAAAACAAAAAUACUAGUUUGAAAUUUUUUUUUUCGUUUUUUUCUCUUUUUCAUGGGCAAACGCCGAAGCAAACGAUCUGUUUAUGAAAAUUCACGUCGAGUAGAUAUGUUAUAAAACUUCGAGCUCUUUUGGAAAACGAUUACCUUAUUACCUUUCUUUCUAUUACCUGUCUUUCGGACCCGUGUGUACUAAACGGAAACACAAUAACACGAUAAAACCACUAAAGCGAAACUUUUCCGUUCGAUUUCGCGUUCCAGGUACCAGAAGAUAUGACGAUUUUCAAAAUUACCAACAGAAUUUUGCCCGAAAUGAGCUUAACCUUAAUAACUAUGCUGCUGAUUGGCUGUCUUCCAACAAAACUAUUUGAGAAGAUCCUCCUCAAUACGUGGAGAAAAACUUUUCCAUGAGUAAAGUAGUAGAAAUAACAGUUUUCUGCGCGUUUUGAUGUAAAUCUUUGAAAAAAAUCUCACAAAAAUGUGAAAGUGUUAAAGUUAUGAGCCGGCAAAAACGAUUUCCGCCAAAAGGAUUCGAACCAUGGUCCCAAUAUUGACAGUGCACAAGACCACUACAUACUACACCACGCCGCCAGUUGCUAGCCGAAGGCUCUGAGCACGGCUAUAUCCGCGCUGGGAAAAUUUCGACGUGCUUUUCCUCGGUUGUCUGAGGGGUUUAGCAAAAUUUUAUUUUUGAUUCCGAGUACUCUCACCUAGGCCUAUACACCCACAAAGUCUCAAUUCUCAACUCGUUGUCGAGCGGAGACCAUGCCCUAGUCAGUUGGUUCCGUCUAUUUGAUAUCGUUUGUAAUUUGAAUGGAGAUGGAAACCAAUAAUAACCAUAUAUGAACUGAUGUGUAAUUAUGAUAUCUUUUCGCAGACGCCUUGUCCAUAGAGUGUCUAGAGAAAGGGAUUUUAAUCUUACAGCAUAGGUUUCUUUUGGGAGAAGCCGUUUAGUGAAUUUUCUUUGAACCGAUUUUAGCCUGUUUAUGUCAGAUUGGGUUAGUGGAGAGAAUAGCUCCGAUCCAUACUCUAAAAUUGGUAGAAUUUUGGCUUUAUAACAGUUCAUAAAGUUUUUAACGGAAAAAGUGAAGCAACGGAAAAGAUUAUUGAUUAUACGAAUGCUUUUUUUGACUAUUAUGUCGAUAUGAUGAUGCAUUUUCAGAUCGGAACUGAAAUUAACUCCUAAAUCUCUAAUCACCUCUUGUUUGGGGAUGGAUUCCUCUCCUAUUCUAUAGUCGUUCCAGAUUCACCGAAAAAUCCUGAUUUACAGCUUACUACCGAGCAGCGUGCUAAGUUCAUUUUAACACACUCGAGCAGUGGUUUCAAACAUGCAUUGAAAGAAGUUUUGGAAGAUCCCGCAGUGGCAAAUCGCCUUGCCGACACCAAGGUCUGGUUCAUUCUUUAUUUUUCAUAAAAAUAUUAUUGAGAGAAAAUCGUGUUAAUAAAACGAUUUCGCAGCUUAUCUCAAUGUUAAUCUGUCGACGACCCUUCGGGCGCUUAAUAUUAUCCAUAUUCAAUAAAGAAAAAGUCUUUAAAAGGCCCAUCCGCAAGUGUAUCGGGAGAAGUAUACAAGUAGCUACCGGAUACCUGAACCAAAAACGUUCGGCGUUUGCUACUCGGUGGUCGUUCAUUUGCUACAACAGAGCUUAUUAGACGGAAUAUCGUCUUACCGGAGCGAUCCGUGAAUCGGUCACUUUUCAAAAGCGCCAUUUUUCUCAAAUUUUUUCUGUUUUUUUUUCUUUCGUUUCCUUUACUCAUUUUUAACUUCGGUUGGGGUCGUCCCGUCGGGACGCUUGGCUAACAGGUAUCUUCAUGUUACAUGGAUACUACCGGAUCCAAAUUGACACUGACCAGUUAAUCCGGCGUAAGCUACCUAACCGGCAGCUUUUUUUUUUAGCGUAAGCUUAUAAUCGACCAGCGAUUAACCCGGAAUCGUGGAUCUCUGAUGGCCACAGAAUGAAAACUUGGAAAAAAAAAUUUUUUUUUCAUGAAGAGACGCUGGGGAAUCUUUUAAGCAGUUAUUUUGCCCUUUUUCACUUUGGUCUGCGUCUUCUCACUAGCUUCUUCGUAGCCAUGGCAGAAGCCUGAAUAUCGACAAUUUUUUACAAUGCCGCAAAAUUCAUAGUUGUAAAGAUGCAGAAAUAUUUUUCAUAGCCAUUAGAAAUUUGAUCCUCUAGAUAUUCUUCUCUUUCACUUUGGACCUUCUAUAAAUUAUUUCUCUUUUUGAGGCACAAGCCGAGGUGAAGGCGCUGAACCAAUUUUUCGAGUACAUGUCGACUGAACCAGAUAGAGCGUUUUAUGGAUACAAGUGAGAAAAAAGUCAGAUUUUUUUUUUCAGUGGUUAGAAUGGUUUCAGACACGUUUCACACGCCAAUGAAGAACAGGCCAUCGAAACAUUGCUAUUAGCAGAUUCGCUUUUUCGCGCCCAGCACAUCGCCACGCGCAAGAAGUACGUGAGACUCGUCGAAAGCGUCCGUGAACAGGUGAGCGUCGCGACGUCUUCAUCACUAUUAUGCUCCAGAACGGCACUGUGCUCAUAUUUUCGUCGAUGCACGUCUCCGGCGAGCAAUUGGCCCAGCUCACUGGGUGUGCGGCAAUUCUUCGAUUCCCGAUGCCGGACCUGGAGGACGAACCGAUUUCCGACGAUGAAGUACCUACCGAUAUUCACUCUCCCACACAAUAA